AUGGAUACAUUUAAAGACAUAGGAAUACUCGGCCCCUACUGCACGUCGGAGGCAGUGGCCGCUCGGUGCGAACGGCGCCUAGUUCGGUUGCGUAACACCGCUCCGGGUCUCGUGUUUACGGCGGCCGUUCGGCGGGCCGGUGUCGCUUGUCCCCACUGCGCAUCGAUCCGCUCCGCCCAGCACUCGCUCCUCCCACCCGGUGUGCCCCCCUCCGCCCCUCGCCCGCGACCCCCUCCCCUCGACACCCCCGCCUCCCCCCACCCGCCCCCCAAGCGCCCGGCGGCCUUUGUCGCGCGCCGCCCGCGCGGUCACCUGUGUCGCACGUCCUCAGUCGCAAGGCGGCCGCGUCGCGCGCCACCCGCUCCGCACCGCACCGCACUGUACCGCUACUAUGACAGCGACGUGAUGGAGGGCAAGGAUUUCGGCGCGCUCCCCGGCCUCGAGUACUUCGCGAUGCCGCGCGCCAGCCGGCCGCACUUCGACUUCAGGAAGCUCGGCGCCAGCUUCAGCGAGGAGCGCGACGGGCAGCGCUCGCCCGAGUACCACGAGCGGCGCGAGACGCCCGCGCCCUGGCCCCUCGGCCUCGGCGUCCAGUUCGUCAACCCAGCUACCGGCAAGAAGCGAGUGCAGUGCAACGUCUGCCUGAAGACCUUCUGCGAUAAGGGCGCCCUGAAAAUCCACUUCUCGGCCGUGCACCUGCGCGAGAUGCACAAAUGCACGGUGGAGGGGUGCACGAUGAUGUUCAGCUCGCGCCGCUCGCGCAACAGGCACAGCGCCAACCCCAAUCCGAAGCUGCACUCGCCGCACGUGAGGCGCAAGAUCUCGGCGCACGAUGGCAGGUCCGCGCAGCCGUUCCCGCUGCUGCCGGCGCUUGCGAGACUGCCUUUACCGCCGCCCGCGCUUCUGCCACCCGAGCUGGCGGCCAGGCUGCCACCGCCCCUCGCGGUGCCGCCAGGACCCGCCGCAUUGCCCCCCCGUGUACCCCUGGACGACCUGCGCAACUUCAGCGAAAUUGAAAAGAUGUAUAGGAAGAUACCGUCCCCGGAGGAGCCAACGCGACAUAUGUUUAACGUUCUCAACCCCGCGGAUGGCGAUGAAGGUAACAGACACAGUGAUACUACCGAAGAAAAUUCCAAUAACAACCGCGACAAAGAGGACAAGCCCAAACUUGAGUCGUCGCUAACGGACAGGUUAAAUUACGACGACGAACCCGAGGACUUGAGUGUUAACAGAAGGCGGGAAGAAGUGGAAAUUAAUGACGCGCAGUCGGAAUCGAUUAGCCGCACCGAGCCCACCGUCGUCGACGACAAAACGUCGCUCGUCCCGAACAAACGCAAGAGGAAAAGUGGCAACCCGACCAGGUGCUCACAGAGCAACGAGUACAGUGCCUCCGACGAGGAGUUUAAUAGUGAGCUUUUCAGGAACAUCUCUACGCCGGGCUCGAGCCGUGCGGAGGAGGAGCCGCUGUCGCUGAAAAAGCAGAAGCCCGAGAAGUGGGAGCCAUUUCAGGGCGGCGAGGAGGCUGCUGUGGACUCGGAGGCGGUGACGAGGGUGAAGGCCGAGAGCGAGUCGGACGACGAGUCCAGUGCGCCGAGCGUGGUCCGCGAGGGUCUCAGGUUGCGCUCCGAUUUGUACACGCCCAGCGACAGCGGCAGCGACCUGCACGCAAUGGAGGAGCGCAUCGCCAGAGCGCGCUCGCCGUCCGCCAGCAGCGAGCACACCGACGAGCGGACGGACAUGAACGACCUCGAGAUCCCCAUCGAUGAUGAGAACCCCGACCGCUGCACGGCGUGCGGCAGGACAUUUCAGAACCACUUCACGCUGCGCAUGCACUACAGGGCCGAGCACCUGAAGCUGCUGCACCCGUGCGAGGUCAGCGGCUGCGACGCGGCGUUCCCCUCGAGGAGGAGCAGGGACCGGCACAGCUCGAACCUCGACCUCCACCGGCGGCUGCUCUCCACCGGUCCACGCGAGCGGCCCGCGUUCGAAGUCAACGCGGAGCUGCUUAACAAGCUGUACGCAGACAUAAAGGGGCUCGCGUCAACGCUGGAGAGCCUGAGGUACGGCGACGAGGCGCAGCUGCCGAGCUACGUGAGCGAGACGAUGAAGUUCUACAGCAGGAACCUGAGCGCGCUGCAGGCGGGGCUGUUCCCGCUGGGCGAGCGGGGCUUCCUGCCCGCCCCCUUCCUAAUGGGCAACAUGCCGCAGGGUAGCCUGUACGGAGCCGCCGCGGGGGCCCAGUCUGCGCGGGAGUCAUUAUCCCCGCUGUCGGCUUCGUCGCCGCCGGUCAUAUCGCCGGGGCGUCUGGACGCGGCACACGCGCGGCCCCGCGACGACGCCCAGCUGCUUUUUCGGGAGACCGCAGAGUCCUACAAGAAGAUGACCUCCCUCUGCGAGCGCCAGGAGCAACUGUACCAGCACCACGUGCCCGUGUCA